AUGAAGCCCUCCACCUUCAUCACACUCCUCUUCACCCUCGGGGCCACCGCAAUCCCCGCCCCUCCAGAGCAGCUCUCCAGCGCAGAGCAAUCACUCAGCCCUUUUGAGGUCGACGACGACCACGGAGUAUACACCGAGGACGACCCAGCCGACGGCUCCACCCCGUCGACCGUGCUGCUGGCCAAGCGCGAGUGCUGGUACGGGGCCCAGCUCGGCUGCGGUGAAAAGGGCUGCUGGAGACGGUGCGGCAACGACCUCAGCAGGGGCCAAUGGUGCUGGACCUCCUUCUCCGCCGGUGCCAACUCGUUCAUCUCGUGCGGCAACAACCAGGAUGUUAGCAGGUGGUGCAGGACCUCGCAUCCUUGUAAUUAUUUGGGUUGCAGCUGCUAG